GAUAUUUAUCUCAUUAUAAGUUUUGUAAGGCGAUGUUAAGCCCUUGCAAAACGACUAAACAUUUCACUAAACAUUUCACUCAACUUUUGUUUAGUGAAGUUGAGCGAAGUUUAGCGAGGGUGGCAAAACAUGACUAAACUUUUCACUAAACUUCACUCAACUUGUUUGAACUGCGAGCUGUCUAUGACGCUGUUGGGUUGUAGGGGAUCUUGCAUAGGAAUUUGCUUUUGGUUUAUUUUGUUGCAUGCACAAGCAGUGGAUUAAAAUAAGAAUUGGAUGAAGCGACGGGGAAAGAAAAGACUUUUUAGCACAUUAACAACAAAGUUGACUGUUGAUAUGCAGAUGUCUCAUAAAGGCUUUUUGGGUCACGUAGAGACAGGAAAAUCAACGAAAAAAGACGAAAACCUUUGGAUUUCCACAACUAGUGCGCUUGCGCGAUCACAACAGAUGUUUAAUUGGUGGCAAAACGACUAAACAUUUGCUAAACAACACUAAACAACGCGAAACAUUUUUGACCAGGAUCAAACUUUGCUCAACAACACUCAACACGACUAAACAACACUAAACAUGGUGGCAAAACGACUAAACUUUUCACUAAACUUUUGACUAAACAAAAGUUGAGUGAAAUGUUUAGUGAAAUGUUUAGUGAAAUGUUUAGUCGUUUUGCCAGGGCUUAAGAUACUUACAAGGACCGUAUCUUCUAAACAACAAAUCACUCCCAGAUUGGCAUCAUUCGGUGAGGUGUUUGCCAAUAUGUGAAAAUUUACAUUAAAGAGCCACUUUUUGUAUCAAAUGGAAAGAAUUACCUAAUCGACGGAUUUCUGCCAUUACAAUAUAGCUUAUAAGUAGAUUUACUAAAUAUAAGUGAGAUGAAUGCCAUAAGCAACAUUCAAAGAAGUGUCUGUAUCCACAACUGGGUAUAUAUUUUCCAUCGUGUUCUCUCGGCCGCUCAUUCAAACGUUUUAUACUCUGAAGAGCAUCAGACGAAGAAGUUUUAAGUAGUAUGUUGUGAAAUGUUUGCUUUUUUCAAAGCCAUCUUCAAGUUCUGUACCGCCAAAAAAUUGUUCAUAUUUUUCUUCAUAAAGAUUAAAGUUUGCCAGCCUGUUAUACAUUGCUCGAUGCCCUAGAGGCAUAGCUUUACUUUGUUGUCUAGAAAAGGCAUGUACUUCUCUCAAGGCAAAUACUGCAUAAGAAAGCGUGGUAUCUUCUUUUAACGGGGAAGGAUUGAUUUCAAGCCAUCACUUUCCAGAAAUCAGCAUUGGGCAUUGAGUACAGUUUCAUCUAUGUACCUGAAUGUCAUGCCAUGAUAUUUAUAAACAUUUGAAAACUUUCACUAAGAAAUCAACAGGAACCUAAAGAUGCUAAAAACUCCUUCUUAGCAUUUGACCUCACCAUCAUGCUCCAACUCACAUGUGGCGAAAAAGGAUUGAUAGGUUCAUGAUAACUGCCUUCUAGAUCCACGUAAAUGCUGCCAAACUGACCUUAUGAGACCAUAAGCAACCAAUGUAGGCGAUAGGGCAAUCCUUCAAUCAUUUUUCCAUUUGUAAUUUGAGCUAAUGUGGUAGCCAACUUUAGACCUUUUGUUUGAUGUUAGAUAUGCUAUCGAUUACAGCUUCUUUUUUCAAGCUUCUAGAUAACUAUUACGGUAAAGACCAAUUUCAAGGCUAGGAGCAUUGAUUUUAGCCAAUGAUUAAUUGAUCUGUGGACGAUAGCUCUAAAGAUUUUAAUUACGCGGCGUGAACUUGACUCGUAGAGAUAUACUUGUAGCUUGUAACAGCGACAGAGGUCAUUUAGGGGUUUCGGGGACAGUUCCCCUCUUCAAUACGAUACGGCCUCUUCAUUUUUUGCAAUUUUGAAAUAGAUUUUAGGUUGGCAAUUAUCGGCCACUAUACAAACCAGUUGGAUCUCUAAAUAACUUCACUGAACAGAGAUUAGGAUUUGUGUGGGUUUUUUUUCUCAAAGUAACUUUUGAAAUUGGUUUCCAGCUGGGUUUACGGUUGUGUAAACAUGAUUUUUCUUUUCAAAUGACAUUCUUCUGUUGCUACAUAAUGCUUGUAAGCUCGGUGAUGGUUUUGCUGCUUUGAACAAUCGAGUGAAACAGUAAUGUUGAAUUAACAAAAAUUGACAGGGAAUUCUCGAGCUGAAGGAUUCGCAGGCGCUCCGUUGAUUGGCACAGCCACGCAUACAUCAGCGUUUCUUUCUCUGAUUGUUAUCAGGAGCGUUUUUAAUUUUGGAUCACCAAGUAACACACUGAGAUUGCUCGAGAGAUGUGGUGACACACCUUCAAGGUCAUUUGCUAAACACUAACUUGGAUUCAAAGUUCUUGACAUGCUUUCGCUCAAAUGUGAACCGGCUUAUGCAGAUCCAAGAUCCUGGAUGGUUUCCAUAUACCACUGUGCUGUCACAACAUAAAAAAGCACCAAAUGGCAGAUUAAGCUAAGACCAGGCUAGUGAACAGGCAAGAGAUGGGGACCAACAUCAACAGUACCACUUACUACUUGUCCCAGUACACAAAUUUUGAAUCAGCAGUUUUUGUUUUUACACUUGUCGUCAUUAUGCUUGUUUCAUUGGCUGGUGGGUUGAUUAUGCUGUAUGUCCUGUACAGCAAUGACAAAAUGUGGACCAGCACAAAUAUGCUGAUUGGUAACCUUGCUCUUGCAAGCACCUCUGUUGCCGCGUUUGUUAUGCCAUUCAGUAUUUAUUCGGCAGGAAAUCGAAAGUGGACUUUUGGACAAGGAGCGGUAUGUAAACUAACUGGCUUCGCAGCGUCAUUUCUGCUAUUGGCAACAAUUUUCACUCAUACAGUUAUAAGCAUUGAUAAAUUUUUUGCUGUUGUGAAGCCAAUGAGCCGCGCGAUGACAACGAAGCGAACCGCUCUUCUCAUUGCAGCAGUGUGGGUCAUUGCUGGAGUAAUGUCCGUAGCACCGCUUGCGGGUAUAUCAAGAUUUGAAUACAACCCAACGACGUUAAUGUGUGGAAUUGGUUUCCCUAUUACAAAGCUAGACCUCCUCUAUAUGCUGUUUCUUUCUGGCCUUGGUUUCAUGCUGCCACUUAUUCUGAUGGGAAUUCUCUACAUUCGCGUUUAUUUUGCAGUUAAACAGCAUAGUGCGAGGCUUCUUGCACACUCCGUCUCCUCGACUGAUGUACUCGCCCUUCAGAAGCGGCUGAUUUUCACCGUGUUCGCAAGUUUAGUCUGCUUUCUUAUCUGUUGGUCAACUUUUUUCACACUGGUAAUUUCUUCUGUUAUCAUUAAAGAUAGAUCAAAGUUGCCGCGUGGUUUGGGCAUCGCUGCCUAUUGGACGGGCUAUUUCAACAGUGCGCUGAACCCGAUUAUCAUAUGCUCCCUCAGCAAUCGAUUCAAAGAGGGGUUCAAGGAUAUAUUGGUUCGCUUCUGCAGCCUAUUCAAUGUUAGCUGCCGGAGGCGAUCAAGACAUUUUAUAAAGAACGGUUCGGUGUUGCAAUCAGCUUGUACUGAAGUGGUGUUUUAUGAAAACGCCACCCUUAAAGGGUACAGCAAAAAGAACUCAAAGGGACAGAUUGAAGCAGACCACGUGGCAUUGACUUUGUGUUUGCCAACGUACAUGCAACACGAUGUUAACUAUUGCAGUUCCAAUUCGGAUAAUUCUCAUUCAUCAUGUAAUGCUAACACCUCAGAGGUUUAGCUUUAGUGUAUUGCAAUUUGUUGUAGGCUUUAGAUGAAUUUGGUUAAUGUAAAAUACGUGAUAUGCCAAAUGUUAAUAAAUUAUACGUUUUGAUGUAUCUAGCGAUUGUUGUUAGCGUAUUUAUAUACUUACAACUCCAAUGUGGAAAUGUCGUUAUUAGAGUCGCGAACAGUGGCAGAUGCACGGAAUACAACCGGGAAAAAAGUCACUGAUUAGAGAUAAGUAGUUCAUGUUUCAUUAAAAAGUGUCUAGUUUAAAAUGUUUUCUAGGGAUGCUUCUAAUAAUUGAUUGAAAAAUAAAUGCAAACAUUUCAUGGCUUUUAGUUUCAUAGAUCAUGGAGAAAAGCAGCGGUGUCUGUUAUUAAGGGUUCCUGCUAAAUCAAAACUAAGUAGUUCUCAUCCAUAACUACAUCACACAUUUUGGCUGAAAACAAGAAAACAGUAUAUGUAGGAAAUUCUCAGCUUCCACGUAAAAUGUUGACCUCUCAGAUAGACCAAUCUAGUGGAAUUGUUAGUUUUUAUGUGUGCAGCUGGGGGAAUUGUUAGCCACUUUGAGUCCUUAAAUGACACUAAGAUCAAUGCUAUUGAAUAUAAUGUAGCAAGUAAGACGUAAGUAACGGUAUCAAAACUUUAUUAGAGGCAAAAAAUGAGUUCUAAUAAAUUGGAGUUGGAAGUAAAAGCUUUUGAAACUUAUUUCUGACGUGAAACUUAUUUCUUAAUGUAAAAAAAUUUUCUUCUUU